AUGAUGGGAAUGGACACUUUGGGUCCAUUUGACCUGAUAUCAGCAGGUUCAUUAAAUGGCAUGUUGACUGGUGUUCCAAAACUGAAGGAAGAAGUCUUGUGGACCAUCAAGACUGAAGCAGCUUUUGCAAGAGUGAGAACCAUCGUUGCUGAAGCUACAAUGUUAGUGCACCCAAUCACUCAGGCCAUCCUUGCUGUGAUAGGAGAUACACCAGCAACGGUGAUAGGCCCUGUACUACAGCAACAAAUAGAGCAGUGCUCAAAACCUCUUGCAUUUUUCAGGCAAAAGCUUUCACCAGCACAGCAGGGCUGGUCAAGAUAUGAUCACAGGUUUUAUGCACUGCAUGCUGCCAUAAAAGAGUUUUGCCAUAUGCUCAAGGGGCAGCAGAAUACUUUGAUUACCAAUGGCAAACCAGUGAUAUUUGCUUCAUCAGAAGCCUGA